AUGUCUUCGGUUGUAUUUCCCACAUAUUUUCCAGGUUCUGGACUGAAUGAUUCCUGCAGCUUUGCUGAGCCUCAGUUUGUGGUGUCCUUUUGCAAGGUGUCCACAGCUUGUGCAAGGAUGGAGGAAGCGCUGCAAUUCCUGGAGAAUGGCGGCAGCCCUUCUCUGGCGCCCGAACUAGCCAACGAGAUUCAACAAGCCCUCGAGAAAUAUGUACCCCAAUGUGUUCUGGGCCAGCUCAAGCUGCCUCUGACACCCGAGAAUGCCCAAGCAAGGAAGCAGGCCAUCGAGAUACUCCAGGAGUUGCUGGCGGUGCCUGACAAGAACAGACUCAACAAGGCUGCACAGUAUUCUGUGGAUCGGCACUAUGUGAAGCAGGUUCUGGAAGCACUCACCUCCGUAGAAGUGUUGCAGAUGACAGACUGGCCUAGAAUCCUCCGGGAACCGAAAAGUGUGCAAUGGUACUACCCUGGAGUCCUCUUGCGAGCUGCGGCUGCACAUAUUGUUGUGGGGUUUGCACAGAAGAAGCCUGCACCACUACAGACCAUUGAUGCAGUUCUCUCUUUGCCAGGCAAGGAGAGAGAGGCCCAUGUUGAGCAUGUUAUCUGCAAGAUACUCAUGGGCCAGGUAGAGAGUGCCCUGUACAUAUUGGACAAAGUGGAAGGAACGGGGAAGGAGAUGCAGAACAGGCAGUCUGGCGGCGAUCGUGUCUUUGAGGGAACGUACUUUGGCACCACGCCGUCAGAAUCCGCUGCUGUUGGGGCGAAGUCCCUGCCCUCAAGGAAUGAGACACUGACAUUUGUCAGGCAACACUCGCCCCAGGGGGAUGCAGACUUGCUGCCGGGCCUGUGCCUGUUUGCCGAGCGCUGGCUCGACAAGGCUUUCACCCAAUUCCGCGACACAAGCAUGCGUGUGCCAGACUCCUCACUGGUUGCACACUUCAAAGACAAUCGAUUCGUUGGUGGCAUGAGGGGCAGAAAACCACAGAGGGCAGCGCCCCAAGGGGGCACGAUAGAGAUGCUUGUUUCAAAGUUUGAUGAAGCUCUUGGUUCACAGCAGCUGCAUGUGGCGCAUGGAGCUCAGGCUGACAGAAGAUAUGAGGCAGAGAUGCGACUGGUUUCUCAGAGACAGGGCCAAACAUCUUCCUCAUACCCUGCCCAGACAGGGCUGCCAGAGGUUGACAUCUUCAACUCUCAGCCAUCAGAAGCAAUGCUGUUUGAUGACACCAAGAGGCGCCGCCUUCCUGUCCUUGCUGUCCUGGCUGGUGGGGUCGUUUUGGGCGCUGCUCUGUACUCACUCUCCAACACCGGUCAACUGGGGAGUGUGGCUGGGGCUUCGGCAUUGGAGGCACCUCACCCCACACUGACUGACCAGCAGAGGACAACCCUGAGUGCAUUGCCGCUGGGUGCUCCCUUGAGGUUUCCUGAGGCGGAAAAACUGAUAAAGAGGUGGCAGUAUGCGAAGUCCCUGGCCUUGGGGCCAAGGCAUGACGACCGAUUACUGAGGAGCGUCUUGGCUGAGCCGAUGCUGGGAGAGUGGGCUAAUCAGGUGCAGGACGUCUCCCAACAGGGCUGGUUCUGGAAAUACAAGCUGGAUGGCUGCAAGGUUUCCGAUGUGGACUCUUCGCAUUUCAGAGGUGGUGCUGGCCACCUGACUGUCGUGGCAACGCUCAAAGAGUCGGCGUCCAUGCAUGGUGCCGAUGGAAGGCAGGCUGACAAAUACAAGAGCACCUACGAUGUGGAGUAUGGUGUGGUCCUUGGGAGGGAUGGGAAUUGGAAGAUCAACCACGUCACUGUCCUCAGCCAGUGA